UCUGAGACUUACUGCUGAAAUUAAGCUUACCCCUGCUAGCUCUUUCUGAACUCUGGCUCGCUCAUUCAACUUAGCUGUUCUGGCUCAAAUUCUUCUCCAAGCUGACAGAUUUAGUCUGGCUUCUCCCAGGUUCUCACUGCAUAGCUCUGCUCGGCCUCACACUAACUCUGCAAUCUGUUCUAGUCUGGCUGCUUCACAUUUUUCGGCUUCUGCCUUUACCCUUUCUAGCUUGCUCUCUCUUCAACAGCUCUCUGUAAAACUCUGCUGGUAAAAACUGCCUCUGAAUUCCGUGGACUGAACUGCCACAAACUCAGCUCCACCGCACUGCCUCUCAACUCACUGACUCAACUGAACUGACUGAACAGAACUCAAAGAUCUGCAUGCCUCUUGUCUCCUGAGUGCUAGAAUUAAAGGCAUGUACCACCAUGCCUGGACCUAAGCUUUUCUUAACCUGAAACUUGCUCUAUGCCAGGCUGGCCUUGAACUCAGAGAUCUGCUUCCCUCUGUCUCCUUGGAUUAAAGGCAUGUCUGUAUUCCAGCCAAAGUAGCCAUGUUGCUAAAUGAAAAUUCCUCUACACCAGGGUUCAUCCAUUGCAAAAAGGAGCUAAGACUGUCUACAGGGGCCAGAAGGAACUUCUUAGUUUAUACCAGAACAGGUGACAAUGGUCUGGAGUCACAGCCUACAGGCUUUCAGUCUCAUUGGAAAACCCCCAGCCAGAGACCUUCAGCUGCUGGUGGGUUGGUUAGCAGACCACACAAAUAUGAGAGAAAAGAGAGGAGAGAGGUCCCCACGCAGGCCACCAAAAUACCAUGCCAGGGGUAACAGUACAGACGUGGGUGUUGAAAGAAUUUCCAGGACCAAAAAGGCAGAAGUAGAGAGUUCGUUAACUCCACCGUGGCAUAGCUGCAGCCAGCUAUCCCCGGAAGAGAGCCGCAGGGAGGCCUUCCAGGGCUUGCUUUAAUGGGUGGCGGAUCUACAGGGGCAGUCAGGUGCGUUUCAAUAUCACCUUUCCCAAGAGCAGUUGAAACUGGAGCUUGUGUUUACCAACAGCCUGGCAUUUAGGCAGUGUCAUCUCCUGCCUCAAGUCAGAAACAGCCCAGCCGGCCCAUUCAUCUUUUCUUUUUUACGGCUGGAGAGACAGCGUGGGUGCUGGCAACGGAGGCCCAUUCAUCUUAAAGUGGCAUCCACGGAAACCGUGAUUCCUCACGCAGUGAGGAACCCUCACUUCACAUGAGUCACCUCAACAUCACACUUCCAGCUUCUUCUGUGGCUUGGGAAACAUUGGAUCAGCUCAAACUAUUGAUGAGCAUUUUUGACAGGACAGUUGAAGGUGCUCGGCUUUGCCCUCAUACUUCUCUACAUCUUCAACGUGGCCAUGCCUCUGUGGAGGAUCCACCAGGGGAUGCCCCAGGCCUCGGAGCUUCUCAUCCACCCUACUGUGUGGCUCACCACCAUGACGUUUGCCACCUUCCUGAUUCACAUGGAGAGGAAGAAGGGAGUCCGGGCAUCUGGGGUGCUGUUCGGGUACUGGCUGCUCUGCUGUCUCUUGCCAGGGAUCAACGCAGUCCAGCAGGCCUCUGCAGGGAGCUUCCACCAUGAGCCCCUCCAUCACCUGGCUACCUAUCUGUGCCUGUCCUUGGUGGUGGCAGAGUUUGUGCUGUCCUGCCUGGUAGACCAGCCACCCUUCUUCCUGGAAGAUUCCCAGUCAUCGAAUCCGUGCCCAGAGGCUGAGGCCUCGUUUCCCUCCAAGGUCAUGUUCUGGUGGGCUUCUGGGCUGCUUUGGAGGGGCUACAGGAACCUGCUGAGACCAAAAGACCUCUGGUCGCUUGGGAGAGAAAGCUCUUCAGAAGAACUGGUUUCCCAGCUGGAAAGGGAAUGGAGGAGGAGCUGCGGUGUGUCGGCAGGGCACUCCAAGGUGAUGAUGAGUAAAGGGCAGAGUCGUGGGGGCCCUGAGACAGAGGCCUUCCUUCAGCCAGAGAGGAGCCAGCAGGGCCUGCUGCUCAAGGCCAUCUGGCGAGUGUUCCGGUCCACCUUCCUGCUAGGGACCCUCAGCCUGGCCAUCAGCGAUGCCUUCAGGUUUGCUGUCCCCAAGCUGCUCAGCCUGUUUCUGGAGUUCAUGGGUGACCGCGAUUCCUCGGCGUGGACGGGCUGGCUCCUGGCCGUGCUGAUGUUCUUGUCGGCCUGCCUCCAGACGUUGUUUGAACAGCAGCACAUGUACAGGGCCAAGAUCCUGCAGAUGAGGCUGCGAACAGCCAUCACCGGUCUGGUGUACAGAAAGGUCCUGGUGCUGUCCAGUAGUUCCAGAAAGUCCAACGCAGCAGGGGAUGUGGUCAACCUGGUGUCAGUGGACGUGCAGCGGCUGGCGGACAGCGUGCUCCAUCUCAACGGGCUGUGGCUUCUCUUUCACUGGAUCAUCAUCUGCUUUGUCUACCUGUGGCAGCUUCUUGGCCCCUCUGCCCUCACAGCCAUUGCUGUCUUCCUCAGCCUUCUCCUUCUGAAUUUCUUCAUUACCAAGAAGAAGAGCUACUAUCAGGAAGAGCAGAUGAGACAGAAGGCCUCCCGAGCACGGCUCACCAGCUCCAUACUCAGAACUGUGAGAACCAUCAAGUCCCAUGGCUGGGAGCAAGCCUUCCUGGAGAGACUCCUUCAGAUCCGGGGUCAGGAGAUCGGCGCUCUGAAGACCUCCACCCUCCUCUUCUCUGUGUCUCUGGUGUCCUUCCACGUGUCUACAUUUCUGGUGGCGCUGGUUGUGUUUGCUGUCCACACCCUGGUGGCGGAGGACAACGCCAUGGAUGCAGAGAAGGCUUUUGUGACCCUCACAGUGCUCAGCAUCCUUAACAAAGCCCAGGCCUUCCUGCCCUUCUCUGUACACUGCAUCAUUCAGGCUCGAGUGUCCUUUGACCGGCUGGCUGCCUUCCUGUGCCUGGAAGAAGUGGACCCCAACGGCAUGGUCUCGAGUCCCUCCAGAUGCUCCUCGAAGGAUCGCAUUUCCGUACACAAUGGCACCUUUGCUUGGUCCCAGGAGAGCCUGCCCUGCCUGCACCGGAUCAACCUCACCGUGCCCCAGGGCUGUCUGCUGGCUGUCGUGGGUCCAGUGGGGGCUGGGAAGUCCUCCCUGCUGUCUGCCCUGCUUGGGGAGCUGUUGAAGGUAGAAGGGUCUGUGAACAUUGAGGGUUCCGUGGCCUACGUGCCGCAGGAGGCCUGGGUCCAGAAUACCUCGGUGGUGGAGAAUGUGUGCUUCAGGCAGGAGCUGGACCUGCCCUGGUUGCAGAAAGUUCUGGAAGCCUGUGCCCUGGGGUCUGAUGUGGCCAGCUUCCCCGCAGGAGUUCACACCCCGAUAGGGGAGCAGGGCAUGAAUCUUUCUGGGGGCCAGAAGCAGCGGCUGAGCUUGGCUAGGGCUGUGUACAGAAAGGCCGCUGUGUACCUGCUGGAUGACCCUCUGGCAGCCCUGGAUGCCCACGUCAGCCAGCAUGUCUUCAAACAGGUCAUCGGACCCUGUGGACUGCUCCAGGGUACAACUCGGAUCCUCGUGACACACUCGCUGCACGUCCUGCCCCAAGUUGACCAGAUCCUGGUACUGGCCGAUGGGACCAUCGCAGAGAUGGGUUCUUAUCAGGACCUUCUGCGUAGGAAUGGAGCCCUCAUGGACCUUCUGGAUGGAGCCAGGCAGCCUGCUGGUGGAAGAGAAGAAGGGACACAUGCUGAGGCCACUGGUGAUGACCUUGGAGGCUUUCCCGGAGGUGGGAGGUCCAAGCACAGACCAGAAAGGCCCAGGCCCAUCGAGUCAGCCCCUGUGAAGGACAGCACUUCAGAUGCACAGACAGAGCCUUCUCUGGAUGACCCUAAGGGGACAGGACUGACAACUGGAGAGGACGGCGUGCGAUAUGGCCGGGUGAAGACCACCACAUACCUGAGCUACCUGCGGGCGGUGGGCACACCCCUCUGCACCUACACCCUGUUUCUCUUCCUCUGCCAGCAAGUGGCGUCCUUCUGCCAGGGCUACUGGCUGAGCCUCUGGGCCGAUGACCCCGUCGUGGAUGGGCGGCAGGCACACACAGCCCUGCGCGGCUGGGUCUUUGGGCUCCUCGGCUGUCUCCAAGCCAUCGGACUGUUUGCCUCCGUGGCUGCCGUGUUCCUGGGUGGGGCCCGGGCCUCAGGCCUCCUCUUCCGGAGCCUCCUCUGGGACGUAGCUCGCUCUCCCAUCGGCUUCUUCGAGCGCACGCCAGUCGGGAGCCUGCUGAACCGCUUCUCCAGGGAGACAGACACGGUGGAUGCCGACAUCCCCGACAAGCUGAGGUCUCUGCUGACCUACGCCUUCGGGCUCCUGGAGGUCGGCCUGGCGGUGACGAUGGCCACGCCCCUCGCCAUCGUGGCCAUCCUGCCUCUCAUGUUCCUCUACGCUGGGUUUCAGAGCCUCUACGUGGCCACCUCCUGCCAGCUGAGGCGCCUGGAGUCAGCCAGCUACUCAUCUGUGUGUUCCCACAUGGCUGAGACCUUCCAGGGCAGUCUGGUGGUCAGGGCCUUCCGGGCCCAGGGACCCUUCACGACUCAGCACGACGCCCUCAUGGAUGAAAACCAGAGGGUCAGUUUCCCACGCCUGGUAGCCGACAGGUGGUUGGCGGCCAACCUGGAGCUCCUGGGGAACGGCCUGGUGUUCGUGGCCACUACGUGUGCUGUGCUGAGCAAGGCUCACCUGAGUGCUGGCCUUGUGGGCUUCUCCGUCUCCGCUGCCCUCCAGGUGACACAGACUCUGCAGUGGGUGGUCCGAAGCUGGACGGACCUGGAGAACAGCAUGGUGGCAGUGGAGCGGGUGCAGGACUACGAGAGCACCCCCAAAGAGGCUCCCUGGAGGCUGCCCACCUGUGCAGCGCAGCCUCUCUGGCCUCAGAGCGGACAGAUUGAAUUCCGGGACUUCGGGCUCAGACACCGACCAGAGCUGCCGCUGGCUGUGAAGGGCGUGUCUCUGAAGAUCCAUGCAGGAGAGAAGGUGGGCAUCGUGGGCAGGACAGGGGCCGGGAAGUCUUCCCUGGCCUGGGGCCUGCUGCGGCUUCAGGAGGCCUCUGAGGGUGGCAUCUGGAUCGACGGCGUGCCCAUCACCCGUGUGGGGCUGCACACGCUGCGGUCCCGAAUCACCAUCAUCCCUCAGGACCCGGUCCUGUUCCCAGGCUCUCUGCGGAUGAACCUGGACCUGCUUCAGGAGCACACUGACGAAGACCUCUGGGCAGCGCUGGAGACGGUGCAGCUCAAGGCCUUUGUGGCCAGCCUGCCUGGCCAGCUGCAGUAUGAGUGUGCUGGCCAGGGAGAUGACCUGAGCGUGGGUCAGAAGCAGCUCCUGUGCCUGGCACGUGCCCUUCUGCGGAAAACCCAGAUCCUCAUCCUGGAUGAGGCGACCGCCUCUGUGGACCCAGGGACGGAGAUGCAAAUGCAGGCGGCCCUGGAGCGCUGGUUCUCUCGGUGCACAGUCCUGCUCAUCGCUCACCGCCUGCGCUCUGUCAUGGACUGUUCCCGGGUCCUUGUCAUGGACGAGGGGCAGGUGGCAGAGAGUGGCAGCCCAGCCCAGCUGCUGGCCCAGAAAGGCCUGUUUUACAGGCUCGCCCAGGAGUCAGGCCUUGCCUGAGUCAGGACUCUUCACCACCCCCCAAGAGCCAUAGAGUCACUGGAGACGCCAGAGACCCAGUGGCCACUGGGACUCCACAGGAUGUCCAAUCUAGACUCCUGUCUGGGAGGAUGAUGGCAGAGAAAGCGAUAGACUAUUGGAAUACCAAGAAGAACCCAGCAUGCCCAGGCUGGCUUGAGCAAGGCCAUCCUCACCCUGCAGCCAAAGCGGACGGUGACUCUCAGCCCAAGCUGUCCACUUCAAGGCCACCCCCUACCCCUGGCCGAUCAGGCUGGACACCCUGGUGAUGGUGUGCACAUUUCCCCUAACUACUUAAUUUGAAGUCACUGUAGAUUUCACGCAGUUUGAAGAAUGAUGAAGAGGGAAGCCGUGGACUCUCUGCCCUCUUUGUUCUAGGGCAAGAUCAGGUGGCACGCUGACACCAACAGACUCGUAUUCACAUGUCCCCAAAUCUUGUGAGUCUGUGUAUGAUGCAGUACUGUUUGCUGUCAUCGUUUUUUGAGGCAUGAUCUAGUCACACUAGAACAGGGAGGGGCCAAAGAGUCCCUCCAAAGCAUGUUCGGAGGGACAUUUGAAGUGGAAAAUAUCUGGAGACCUCUGAGUUAACUGGUCUAAAACGGACAUUUUUGCAAAACUUUGCCAAACCUCCAAAUGCAAAUGUGCUAGGAAUUUUCUAGAAGGCAAAAGUGGCCUGGGUAAUUCCUAAGUGAGGAUGCCUCCUGCUGCCGUUUGAGUGAGAAACGCCCUGAAGGCCCAAGUGUCCCAAAGACCAGUUCCCAGCGGGCAUGCUGGCUGGGGAGAAGCAGCUGCUGGAGGAUCUGUGUCACUGCGGGGUGGGCUCCAGGCUCUUCCCACUUCCUUUCAUUCUGCCUCCUGUGUGUGUGGAUGAAAGGUGGCAGCUGCGUCCUGCUCCUGCUUCCACACCUUCCAGCCAUCACGAACUCCACCUCUGGAACCGAGACCCAAAAUAAACCUCCUCAGAGUUGC